AGGAAGCUAAGAAGAAUUCAAGGAUUGAUGACAUUGCAACUGCAGAAGAUGCUGCACAUUAUAUUCAAACAGAAGACCUUGUCAAAGAUGAUACAAAGGAACUAAAGAAAAAGGUAGUACAAAAUAUUUAAACCUAUUGAUUUCAUAUAUGUGCAACUUCUAUUCAUUUUAACGAAAUGUAAAACUGUGAUGCAGGUUUCUAUGGUUGAGAACAUUCGUUGGAAGGACCUUGGACAUCUUUUUGCUGUCUGGUUUAUGAUACUUGCGUUAGAGAUUGGAAAAAAUUACACUACAACUUGCUCUGGAGCAUAUUGGGCCGUGAAUCUACUCCAGAUCCCCAUAGCUGUAGGAAUGAGCGCAUACCAGGCGAUGAGACUAUACAAAGGGCAGAGAAGCAUAGCAUCAAAGGGUGAUCAACAACCACGUUGGAGUGUGUGGAAGUUAAUUGUAUUCUGUUGUUGUGGCACAGUUGCUGGCACACUUGCUGGUUUGUUAGGCCUUGGUGGAGGAUUCAUCUUGGCACCCCUUUUCCUUGGAAUAGGAAUCCCUCCUCAGGUGGCAAGUGCUACAUCCAUUUUGGCAAUGGCAUUUUCUGCAUCUAUGGCUGUGGUGGAAUAUUACCUUCUCAAACGUUUCCCUGUUCCUUAUGCCCUUUGCUUGGUAGGUGUAGCGACUGUAGCUUCACUUGUUGGACAGUAUUUGGUGAGAAAGGUGGUUGCCUUAUUGGGGAGAGCAUCUGUUAUCAUUUUCAUUCUAACCUUCACACUUUGUGUCAGUGCAGUUUUACUAGGUGGAGUAGGAGUUGAUCACAUGAUUCAAAAGAUUGAACGCAAGGAGUACAUGGGAUUUGGAAAUCUUUGCAUGUACACUGCUAAAAAUUAGGGUUCAUGAGGCCUAAUAUUUUAGAUGCAGGUUCUCUACUGCAGUUUUGUAUUGUCUUUGGUUACAUUAGUGCCACAUUUUUGUAUUUUUUUGUUGGUGUAUACUUCUAGUUCACUUGAAACACCAAAAUUCAUUGUAUUUGUCCUCAAAUUUCAACUAAGGAUCCUGUACAAAUAUUGUUUUCACAUUUUACUAAAAAGCCAGGGCUUAGGCCACAACUGCACUUAGUGCUACAAAGGCAUGUGGGGAUUAGCCUUGGUGAUUCAAGCUCUUACCAAGAUAUUUUGGAAUCUGUGUACUAAUA